AUGAUUGUUGUUGUUGCUCUUCAAGCUCAAGCUGGUCAGGAGUUAGCAAAAUAUGAGUCAGAAGAAAAGAAGCUUAUUGAGAAAAUUGUUAAAGUUUUAGAACAGGUAAUACUAGAAUUACAACUUGAUGCUAAUGCCAGUUCAUUCGACAAGCAGAUAGAUAAUUGCAUAGGACAGUUAGCCCAAAUUUCUCAGGCAUAUGAUCCCACAGUAAACUUGACUGAAAAUGUUGAAGGUCAAAUUUUGACUCUUAUGGGACAGAUUGGUGAUCUGAAGAAGAAGGACAAGAUGCAGAGGAGGGCAAGUGAACUUCGGAACCUAGUUGGUCCCCGGUUAGACACCUUGGCAGGUUGGAAUACCUAUUUUAGAUUUCUUAAGUCUGCAUAUGUGAAUGUGCUCAAGCGUGCCUUUUUUGACAAGAGGCUUUCACAAGAGGUCAUUGGUGAUUCGCUGGGAGAUGAGUUCAAGGGUUACAUCUUCAAGAUAAUGGGAGGCUCUGAUAAGCAGGGUUUUCCAAUGAAACAGGGGGUUCUUACUCCAGGCCGUGUCCGGCUCCUCAUGCGCCGAGGCACCCCCUGCUUUCAUGGAUAUGGAAGGCAUGAUGGAGAACGCAGGCGUAAAUCUGUUCGAGGCUGCAUUGUCAGUCUUGACCUUUCUGUUUUGAAUUUAGUUAUCGUGAAAAAGGGAGAAAAUGGUCUGCCUGGUCUUACUGAUACUGAGAAACCCAAGAUGCGAGGGCCCAAGAGGGCUUCAAAGAUUAGAAAACUAUUCAAUCUUUCCAAGGAGGAUGACGUUAGAAAGUAUGGUUAAUUUUUUGUUAACAGAUAACAAUCUGUACAUGGGGCGUCAAAAGUAAAAUAGC